AUGGCCAGGAAAUACGGACUUAUUAACGAGUUUAAACUCAACAUUGAGUGUAACCACGCCACGCUUUCUGGUCACACCUGCCACCACGAGCUUGAAACUGCAAGAAUCAAUGGUUUACUUGGGAACAUUGAUGCAAACACCAGAGAAGCUCAAACUGGAUGGGAUACAGAUCAGUUUCUUACAGAUGUUGGGGAAGCAACCCUGGUUAUGAUGAGUGUCAUCAAAAACGGUGGGAUUGCUCCAGGUGGCUUCAACUUUGACGCCAAACUGCAAAGAGAGAAUGCAGAUGUUGAAGACCUUUUCAUUGCUCGUAUUAGUGGAAUGGACACUGUGGCUCGUGGACUGAGAAAUGCAGCCAAGAUUUUGGAGGUUGGUUACUUGCUUGCCAUCUCUCCUUAA